AUGAAGGCAGACGAUGCCACUCCCGACCCUGCCGCGCUGCUGCUGCAGCGGCCAGAGCUAGGGGAUGUGGCACCUGGAAUGGGGGGAUUACUGGGUUUACCCUCUUUUAGGGUUCGCGGGGAGGAGUGGGAGGGAGGUGCAGGGCUGGAAGGGAGGGGAGGAGAGGGGAGUGGGGGAGAGGGGAGAGCGGGAGGUGAUUCUUUUGGAGGUGGUUAUAACGAGGAUGGGAAUGUGAUUGAUUUGGAAGGGGUGUUAGAUGGAGGGGAGGAGGAGGAGGAAGAGGGGGAUGAGGAGGGGAUUGAUAUGGGUGAUUUACUAGCGGGGUUGGGGGAGGGCGAUGAUGUGGAGGAAGGGGGAGAAAAGGAGGGGGGUGAUGGGGAGGAGGGAGAAGGAGAGGAGGAGGAAGGGGAGGAAAUGGGAGAGGGAGGGGGGCGAGUGGGAGGAACUGAGUUGGCGUUGGGGGAGGAGGAGGGGGAGUGGGCCGAUCAUCAAAACGAGCCACUGGUAUCGGCACAGCAGAGACAGGACAUGGCAGACCGACGUACAGAUGCACCUCGUGCUAGCAACCCCUCCUCUGCUUCUGUGAGCGAUCCUUCCUUCGCUCCUGAGAGCGAUCCCAUACAAGCAGCCUCGAUAGCAGCAGAGCGGUCGCUGGCAGCAGUGGCGGGGAUAGCAGCGGAGUGCCUGGAGCGGGAGCUGAGUCGGUUUGAGGUGAACUGCCCGCCUGGAGGGGAGCAGCUGGUGGUGCUGUAUGUGACGUCACUGGAGGCUGUGAGGAAGACUCAUGCUGACUGUGUCAAGAUGAGAGCUCUCCUGAAGGUGAGACCUCUGCUCAAGCUGGUGGUGCUUUAUGUGACUUCGCUUGAAGCUGUCAGGAAGACACAUGCUGACUGUGUGAAGAUGCGAGCACUUCUCAAGGUGAGAAGAUUGCACACUGGUGACUGGUGUAUGGAAGAAGGCGAAAGUCGUGGGGGGGAAGCGAGGGAGGGGCUGUUGGUGGUGUAUGCGACGUUGCUGGAGGCUGUGAGGAAGGCGCAUGCUGACUGUGUGAAGAUGAGAGCACUGCUCAAGCGUCCAACUGCGGAUCCAAGAGUGCGACUUGGCGCUUCACCCAGCAUCCAGGAGCGUGACGUGACACUGCCCAGCCUAUCAGGACGAGCUGCUGCUGCUGUUCGAUCUCCAUGCACCCCUCCUACAUCCCCCCCACCCCUUCCCCCACCCUUCCCCCUCUUACCUUCCACCCAAUCAGAGCCUUCACAUGCGAUUCCCGGAGCGUGA